AUGAGCAGUAUACCUCGACCUUCGGAAGGAGACACGAACAUCGGGACGAACACAUUUAUUGCUUGCUGGGUUCUCACCGGUAUCGUGGGAUUAACCCUACUAUUUCGAUAUGGUGUCAAGUCUUGGGUUCGCUUUGCCUUGCCCCAGGUCACUGCUCCUGAACGUGUAUGGGGUGUCGAGGACAUCUUCUUCCUCAUCGGAUAUUGCUUUGACCUCGCCCAUAUGAGUAUGGUUCAAUUGAGUUAUGAAUGGGGCCUGGGACGACACUUUUACUACUUAAGUACAACUGAGCGCUUCUAUGCGAUGAAGUGGGAUUUCAUUUCCCAGCCCAUCGCCGUCGCUGCCGCUAUGAUUUCUCGCACGGGCAUGAUGUGGUUCCUAUUGACUUGCUUCGCGGCCAGCGACAAGAAGAUGCGUGCAGCGAUCAUCAUCUGUGCUGUUGUCCAGGUGCUCGCAAACAUGGUCACUAUCGUGCAAAUUAUCGUACAGUGUGGACCAAACCCAUACCACGCAUCGGAUCGUGUGAAAUAUUUCAAGUAUAUGUGGACCCCGUUACCUGCAGACGGGUCAGUCAAAUGCCAGUCGUCGAGUGUUCAAACCACUAUCGGUUACGUCCAAGGAGGCUUCAAUACGGUCAUUGACUUUGCGCUGGCUAUCAUGGCAGGCGUGGAACUAUGGCAAUUCUUCCUCCGAACGCUACACCGUGAACCUAAUCUGAGCUUCUGGAAACAGUUCAAGAAGAUUAACAGUACAAUUCGAUCGCGCCGGAUAUGGCAAACAAUUACUCUUUGUGGACCGCUUGUUUUAUCGGGCGCAGCCUCAAUAAAACUCAAGUCACUUGGGGACCGACAAGAUUUCACUCACAAUAUUGUGGCAUUUGUGCUCUGGGUGAAGAUUGAAAAUUAUAGUAUUCUUCUGGCAUCUUGUGCCCCCGUUGCCCGGCUAUUCCUGCGUACUGUGGUUGACUCUAAACAAAGUGGUCACCGUGGUUACUGGUCUAGCUCGAGGUCUGGAGGCCAUUAUGCUACCCAUGACACAGAGCUGAAGAACCGAAGUCGAACUGGAUGGAUGGACUCAGCAACUGCAACAAACUGGAACGAUGAGACUCACGGCACUGUUUGGGAUGCGGCACCUGAGCAAUCAUUGAGCCGUAUCUCGAAGGGUCAACACGAAAGUUUAGACGAAAAUGGUGUCACAGUGAAAACGGAUAUCAUUGUCCAAGUGGAUGACAACCGAUCGACUUCCUCGGGAGAUGCCCGGCUGCUUCCUGGGGGAGGGGAGCCUCCACAGGGGCCUGAUACUUACAAAUACCAUGCCCGGUGA